CACAGAACAGGCAGGACUAAGAGGAGGAUGACAACUGACAUGAACUGAAGAAGAAAGACAGGAAGGAAAUCUGGAAAAAAAAGAUCAACAUUACAAAGAUUUGAACAAAAAGGAGGAGAAUAUCUAUGGUUUUUACAGAAAGAGACACAUCUUGGACUUUGAGAGAAUAGAAGAAAUAUUUUUUCAGGGAAUAAAUAACAGAAAGACAUUGCAGCAUCUGGACCGUGGUUCCGGCUUUAAACUUUUUUUCUCAUGAUUUCUUCCAACUCUCUCAGGAUGCUUCCUUUGCUGUCCCUGUAUGUGGGAGCUCUGCUGUUCUCAGAUGCAUCUCCGCCCUGCUUACAUCCACCUUGCAGGGAAAGUUUAGUGGCAACAUCUGCUUCACUGGGUCCAGAAGAAACAGUGACUACCAGGGCCUGCGAGGGUCAAGCUGGGAGAAGUGGAUGCAGCUUGGGUGCUUCCGUUCUUGCUGUCUCAGACGGUCCUCAAAGGGCUAAGCAAAGAACACUGACUGAGUUUCCUCAGAUUGAGUUUAAUACUGGAGGUGUCAAAGAGCGCCUGGUUCAGCUGCAGCGCUGCAUGGGCUCUCUCCAAGAAUCAGGAGGCCCGUGGCGUGAUGGGGAGCAGGAAAACAGCUCUCUGGGAGCCAUCCUGGCACUAAUGGCGGCUGUGCUGACUGAGUGUGACCUCCGCUGUCACAGCCAAGCACUUGGGGCGAUGGCCAAGAGACUAGAGAGUGCGACAUUGGGCAGCAGAGAAGGUGAAAAAGACCUGCUGCUUUUCCUAAGGAGCAUCACACAGUUUCCAACUACAGCUGCUCCCAUGGAGAGGUUACACCCACAGGACUGUGCAGAAAUCUACAGACUUGGGAUCAAAGAAACUGGUGUUUAUACAAUCCAACCUGAACUGAAUGGACCAUCAAUAGAGGCUAAAUGUGACAUGGAGACAGCGGGCGGAGGGUGGACUGUGAUUCAGACUCGGCAGGAUGGCUCGGUGGACUUCAACAGGACUUGGCAGGAAUACAAGGAGGGCUUUGGUAGUCUGCAGGGGGAGCACUGGCUGGGGAACGCAGCACUGCAUGCUCUCACCUCCACUGGUCAACAUCAGCUCCGCGUUGAGUUGGAAGACUGGUACCAACAGAAGAGACAGGCAACCUACAGCAACUUCAAGGUGGCCUCAGAGGCAGAUAGAUAUCGUCUGACAGCCCACGAGUACUCUGGUGAUGCUGGCAAUGCUCUAAGCUACAGCAAGCACUACAACCAUGAUGGCAGGCCUUUCAGCACCGCCGACAGGGACCACGAUCGCUAUGCCUCUGGAAACUGUGGGCAGUACUAUGGUGCAGGCUGGUGGUUUGAUGCCUGCUUGGCAGCAAACCUAAAUGGCCGCUAUUACCAUGGGCGUUACACUGGUUUGACCAAUGGGAUCUACUGGGGUACAUGGUACAUCCUGACAGAUGGAAGGACUGGUGAACGCUACUCCUUCAAGAGGGUGGAGAUGAAGACGAGACCCAAAAACUUUGGGGGAACCAAAUGAGGACUAAACACUCCAAUUUGAGAAGGUUCACUGUAUAAAUAGGAUACUUUGGAUUGCCUUUGAUUUUACAGAUGACCUUUCAAAACAACUUUCUGCUAAAAUUAACAUGGAUUUUAAUAGAUAGAAUAUAGAAAAUAUAUAUAUAGACUUUCAACUUUAUGUUUUGUCACUCAAUUAAAAACAAUUAAAAACCUCAACAUGUGUCAUUAGGAAUUUGAGUAUGGCAACUCAGCUGGAAGUGUCAGAUGGCUGUGAUAUGGAUAGAAAAAUUGUUUUUCAUUAGUACAACGUUUAGGCUUUGAAAAGAACCUUUUACCACAUAAAAUGUUUUGUUUUAAACCUUAUCUUCCUGUUGCAUGUAUUUGCAACUGGAUCGAAAUGACUGUUUUACUUUAUUCUUGCUCCUUUAUGGUCAGAUGUGGCUGAAAUCACACAUUCAAUGCCAUGUUGUAAGAAAGCAGCCAACUAAAAAUGCAGACUGAGGUCAAGAGUAGUGUAAUUAAUUUGAAGGUUUUAAUGAAAAAUAAGUAAUAAAACUUAAAGCAUAACACCUGAAUGAACCCUGCACGGCAAAUCCCAAAUGGCGAAAAUAACAGUUUAUGGUAAGAACUAUAAAAACUACAGAUGAAAACCAAAAUGUUUACAAUUUAAUUAAAAUGGUGAUGUGGUAUAAAGAGUGUAAAAAAAUAGAAUAAGCGAAUAAGAAAUUAUCAAAUGCUC